UUCCGCUAUGUGAGCAAGUACAGGCACUGCGAUGGCAAGCUGGUGCUUAAAGCCACAGACGACCGCGUGUGCAUCAAGUUCCGCACGGACCAAGCACAGGACGCCAAGAAGAUGGAGCGCCUCAACAACCUGCUCUUCACCCUCAUGGCUCGCGGACCAGACGGAUACUUCUCUCACUCUACCAUGAUUACUCCUUUUCCCCAUUUUACUUAUGCCGCUGCUGCUGUUCCCUCAGCUGUGGUGGAGUCACUCUCCUUGGAGCCACAGCAGCUAGCAUCUCAGCAGCAGCAACAGCAGCAGCAGCAGGCAAGGAGAGGGAGGGGGCGGCGGCAAUGA